ACCUCCUCGCCGCCUCCCUCCCCCUUCCCUUGCUUUCCUCGGGCCGCGCGCCCCCUCCUCCCUCUCCCUCCCCUCCUCCUCCAUCCUUCCCCCACCCGGUUUGUGCGCCCCUCCCGCUGCGACUGGCUGGGAGGCUCGACCGCCCCCGCCCCGAGAGGGAGGCGGGGGCGCUAGCUGCUGUGGCCACCCCAGGCUGCGGAGGGGAACGAGAUCCGAGGCCCCGAGGCGGCCCUGCGUCUGGACCAGGCACGCGGGGGCUGCCUCUGCACCCCCAGCCCAGGGCCGCGGGGCCUGGCCUAGCGGCGGGGCGGUGGAGCCUCCUCGACCCUGGUCGCGGGCACCCUGAGCCUUACUGAUUCUGCAGGGGGGCUCGCCCGCGGCCCCCCAUGAGCGCGCCCGGCUGACCCGCUGGGCGGCCGCGGUGGAGCCAACACGCCGCGGGGGCGGCGGGGCCAUGGCCUCGCUGGACCUGCCAUACCGCUGCCCCCGCUGCGGGGAGCACAAGCGCUUCCGGAGCCUGUCGUCCCUGCGCGCCCACCUAGAGUACAGCCACACCUAUGAGACUCUCUACAUCCUCUCCAAGACCAACAGCAUUUGCGACGGCGCCGCAGCUGCAGCAGCUGCUGCAGCCGCAGCCUCUGGCUUCCCGCUGGCGCCCGAGCCCGCCGCCCUCCUGGCUGUGCCCGGAGCCCGGCGCGAGGUCUUUGAGAGCACGUCCUUUCAGGGCAAGGAGCAGGCCGCUGGGCCGUCGCCUGCAACGCCGCACCUGCUGCACCACCACCACCACCACGCACCCCUCGCCCAUUUCCCCGGCGACUUGGUGCCCGCCAGCCUGCCCUGCGAGGAGCUGGGUGAGCCGGGUCUCGUGCCCACCGCUGCCGCACGCUAUGCGCUGCGUGAGAUAGAGAUCCCGCUGGGAGAGCUGUUCGCCCGCAAGUCCGUGGCAUCCUCUGCGUGCUCGACGCCGCCGCCAGGGCCCGGCCCAGGCCCGGCUUCGGCCUCGCCCGCCUCCCCCUCGCCAGCUGAUGUGGCUUACGAGGAGGGCCUGGCGCGCCUCAAGAUACGCGCGCUGGAGAAGUUGGAGGUGGACCGGCGGCUGGAGAGGCUGAGCGAGGAGGUGGAGCAGAAGAUUGCGGGCCAAGUGGGCCGGCUGCAGGCAGAGCUGGAGCGCAAAGCCGCAGAGCUGGAGACUGCUAGGCAGGAGAGCGCUCGACUGGGGCGCGAGAAGGAGGAGCUGGAGGAGCGAGCGUCUGAGCUCUCGCGGCAGGUGGAUGUGAGCGUGGAGCUGCUGGCCUCUCUCAAGCAGGACCUAGUGCACAAGGAACAGGAGCUGAGCCGCAAGCAGCAGGAGGUGGUACAGAUUGACCAGUUCCUGAAGGAGACAGCAGCGCGGGAGGCUAGUGCCAAGCUGCGCCUGCAGCAGUUCAUCGAGGAACUCCUGGAGCGGGCCGACCGUGCUGAGCGUCAGCUGCAGGUCAUCAGCAGCAGCUGUGGCAGCACACCCAGUGCCAGCCUGGGGCGUGGAGGUGGGGGCAGUGGUGCAGGGCCAGGGGCCCGGGGCCCAGGCAGAAUGCGAGAGCACCACGCGGGCCCGGCCGUGCCUAACACAUACGCGGUAUCACGGCAUGGCUCUUCUCCCAGCACAGGGGCCUCCAGCCGUGUGCCAGCUGCCUCCCAGAGCUCAGGCUGCUAUGAUAGUGACAGCCUGGAGCUGCCCCGGCCAGAGGAGGGGGCACCUGAAGACAGUGGCCCUGGGGGCUUGGGCACACGGGCCCAGGCUACCAAUGGUGGCUCAGAGCGGUCCCAGGCCCCUCGAAGCUCAGGCCUACGGCGCCAGGCCAUCCAGAACUGGCAGCGCAGACCUCGCAGACACAGCACUGAGGGGGAGGAGGGUGAUGUCUCAGACGUGGGCUCCCGAACCACGGAGUCGGAGGCUGAGGGCCCCUCAGAUGUCCCCCGCCCUAGGCCUGCUAUGGCUGGGCAAGUGAGCAGCUGCCGGCUUUCAGCCCGCCCCGAGGGAGGCAGUGGACGAGGCCGUCGAGCGGAGCGGGGUAGCCCCUCACGCUCCAACGAGGUCAUCAGCCCAGAGAUCCUUAAGAUGCGAGCUGCCUUGUUCUGCAUCUUCACCUACCUGGACACACGCACACUGCUGCAUGCUGCCGAGGUCUGCCGGGACUGGCGCUUCGUGGCCCGUCACCCUGCUGUCUGGACAAGGGUGCUGCUAGAGAAUGCGAGAGUGUGUUCCAAGUUUCUGGCGAUGCUGGCUCAGUGGUGCACGCAGGCCCACUCACUGACCCUGCAGAACCUGAAGCCCCGGCAGAGGGGGAAGAAGGAGAGCAAGGAGGAGUACGCCCGGAGCACCCGGGGCUGCCUUGAAGCAGGGCUGGAGUCCCUGCUGAAGGCAGCUGGGGGGAACCUGCUGAUCCUGCGCAUCUCCCACUGUCCCAACAUCCUCACCGACCGUUCACUCUGGCUGGCCAGCUGCUACUGUCGUGCCCUGCAGGCUGUCACCUACAGGAGUGCCACAGACCCAGUGGGCCACGAAGUUAUUUGGGCUCUGGGUGCAGGCUGCAGAGAGAUUGUCUCCCUCCAGGUGGCACCUCUUCACCCCUGCCAGCAGCCCACGCGCUUCAGUAACCGCUGCCUGCAGAUGAUCGGUCGCUGUUGGCCCCACCUCCGGGCUCUGGGGGUUGGGGGCGCCGGCUGUGGGGUGCAGGGCCUGGCAUCACUUGCAAGAAACUGCAUGCGGCUGCAGGUCCUGGAGCUGGACCAUGUGUCAGAGAUCACCCAGGAGGUGGCAGCUGAGGUCUGCCGGGAAGGCCUGAAGGGACUAGAGAUGCUGGUACUCACGGCCACCCCUGUCACUCCUAAGGCCCUACUGCAUUUCAACAGCAUUUGUCGGAACCUCAAGUCCAUUGUGGUCCAAAUUGGAAUUGCUGAUUAUUUCAAGGAGCCCAGCAGCCCUGAGGCUCAGAAGCUAUUUGAGGAUAUGGUGACAAAACUCCAGGCCCUGCGACGAAGGCCUGGCUUCUCUAAGAUCCUGCACAUCAAGGUGGAAGGCGGCUGCUAACCCGGGGGGCAGGGGGUGGCAGGGCACCUGCCAGCCCCACACCAAGGCAUUAUUUGUACCUCCAGAGGGAUCCUGGUUUGGACUAGACCUUUGGAGGCCUAGUGUUAUCCCAGCUUCCAGGGAGGGGUUGAGUAUCCUGUCCUACUGGAACAGCAGAGCAACAGGUCUGACCCAAGGCAGGGGCUUGGACAGAAGCUGCCCUCUGACCCCCACCCUAUCCCCGCUGGAGCAGACUUCUGGCACAGCCAGCGAGGAGCUGUCACCACCAGCACUGGUGUCUUCACUCGGAGGAUCUGCAAUAACUACCAGUGGCUCCUCAGCUGCUCAGGCAGGCCUGUCUUUCCUGAGGCUCCAGCCCCC